CGGCGGCGGCGGCCCCAACCCCGACCCCAACUCCUGCCCGCUCGCACCUGCAACCGGCGGGGCCCCGCCGCGGCCCUCCCCCCGCCAUGGCGGCCCCGGCCUCGGAGUCCGUCCACUACAUCCACCUGCAGAACUUCUCCAAGUCGCUGCUGGAGACGCUGAACGGGCAGCGGCUGGGCGGCCACUUCUGCGACGUGACGGUGCACAUCCAGGGGGCCUCCCUGCGGGCCCACCGCUGCGUGCUGGCCGCCGGCUCCCCCUUCUUCCACGACAAGCUGCUCCUGGGCUACUCGGAGAUCGAGGUGCCCCCCGUGGUGCCCGCCCAGGCCGUGCAGCAGCUGGUGGAGUUCAUGUACAGCGGCUCGCUGGUGGUGGCGCAGUCGGAGGCCCUGCAGACGCUCACGGCCGCCUCCAUCCUGCAGAUCAAGACCGUCAUCGACGAGUGCACCCAGAUCAUCUCCCAGAGCCGCGGCCCCGCCAAGCCCCCCGCCCCGGCGGCCCCCGGCGGCCCCCGGGGGCUCCCCAAGCCGGGCCCCGAGCCCCCCAAGGACCCCGCCGCCCCGGCGCUGGACCUCCCCGGCCUCUUGGACCCCGGGGCCAAGCUGCUCUGCGGCGGCGCGGAGCUGCGCUACAAGCUGAGGGACCUGCUGGCCGGGCAGCCGAGGGAGCGGGGGGCGGCGGCCGCCGAGGACGGGGACGGGGCCUUCGCCGGGGUCCCCCAGCCGGAAGCCCCCCCCAGCUGCCACAGCCGCAAGCAGCGCCAGCCGGUGCGCCUGCAGCUGGCGGACGCCCUGCCCGUGGUCAUUAAGGACGAGGAGGAGGAGGGCGGGGGCGGAGGAGGCCGGGCCGAGGCCGGAGAGGCCGAGGGGGCGGCGGACGGCGGGGCCGCCGCCCUCGGGUGCUACGGAGACUGCGGCGGCGGCGGGGGCUUUUUCGGGGAGGGGGCUCUCAAGGACGGGGCCGGACGGAAGGAGGCCCUGGAGUUCCCGCCGCCCCCGCCCCCGCCCCCGGAGGCCCAGGACUUCUUCGCGGGGCCCGACGUCUUCUCGGAGACCUUCAUCCCGGCCUGGCAGAGCGAGGACGGGGGCGAGGCCGGGGCCCGGGACCCCCCGCCCGAGGGCGAGAAGUACCGGACCGACUGCAGCCUGGACCCCUCCGGCCUGAGGGCCCCGCCGCCCCCGGCCUUCGGCCCCCGCCCCGCACCCCCCGAGCCCCGCGGCCUGGCCUUCGGGCCCCCGCCGGGCGUCAAGGGGGCGUCCUCCUCCUCCUCCUCCGCCUCGGCCUCGGCCAACGUCGCCGGCCCCCGGCCCGCCCCGGCCCGGCCCCCAGACCCGUCCUACGAGUGCAGCCACUGCCAGAAAACCUUCAGCUCCCGCAAGAACUACACCAAGCACAUGUUCAUCCAUUCCGGUGAGAAGCCGCACCAGUGCAGCGUAUGCUGGCGUUCGUUCUCGCUGCGCGACUACCUGCUGAAACACAUGGUGACGCACACGGGCGUCCGGGCCUUCCAGUGCUCCGUCUGCUGCAAGCGCUUCACGCAGAAGAGCUCGCUCAACGUCCACAUGCGCACCCACCGCCCCGAGCGCGCCCAGUGCCGCCUCUGCUCCAAAGUCUUCUCCCACCGCACCCUGCUCGACAGGCACCUGGCCUCCCACCCGCCCCCGCCCUGACCGGGCCCUCCCGACGUCCUCCCCGCCGGACAGGCCCCGGCCUCCACCUUCCCCCCCGCCCCUACGCCCGGGGCUUGACUCCAGCCUCCCCUCACGUUGCCGGGGUGAAAUUUGGUCGCUCCGCCCGCCCAGCCUGCCCCCCUCUGCCGCUCAGGCUCUCCCCAGUCCUCGAGACCCCGACGACCCCUCGAACCCCGCACCCCGUUGGAGCGACUCGUGCCUAGCGCCCCCCACCCCUCGCCACGCACUUUAACCAGAAUCUUUGAGGUGGGGGAGAGACUGAAGCUCCAGCGGGUCGAUGGCCGGCUCAGAACCCAGGCGUUUUGGCCACUCUCCUUCCCUGUGCUAACAUGGGCAUCGCUCAGCCCCCCCCCCCCCGGCCACCUGUCCCGGACGGGGCACGGGUGAGGCCCGGGCCUUCAGAGGCCCAGUUCUCUUUCCCCGCGUCGCCCUCCAUCUCGUUGGCUGGGGAGGGCAUUAAAGAGGAAUGACUAACGGCU